AUGACACCAAUUAAUAAAAAAUCGGCUAUAUGGGAAUAUUACGAGAUUUGUAGUGAAAAUAAUAAACUAGCCAAUUGUUUGCUGUGUAGUAGCAAGAUUUCAAGAGGAGGAGAAGGAAAGAAAGCAACUACAACUUCUUUAAAGAACCAUCUUAAAUCCAAACAUGCUGAACAAUACGCUACUUUAACUGAUGUUCCAUCGACAAGUGGCAGCGAUAAGGGCGGUACUUCUACUUCCACCGAUUCCAAGAUACCUGCAGUACCUGGAACUCCCCGAUCUAGAGACCGGCAGCUAACCCUGAAGGAAACAUCUGAAAGGAAAUUGCUAUGGGACAUUAAUGAUCCGAAAUCAAUAAAAUAUCACUACUUGAUAGGUGAAAUGAUUGCUUUAGACAACGAACCAUUAUCACUUGUUGAACGGGUCGGAUUUCAGAGGCUUAUGGCAACCGCUGUGCCCCAUUAUAGAGUACCUGGUCGUACUUACAUGACCGAGAAAGUUGUUCCUGAUAUAUACAACAGAAUUUGGUCUAAAAUAGAGGCCAGUAUUUCGCAGGCGACAGCUGUAUCAGUGACAUCUGAUAUAUGGACAUGUCAGCACAAUAACGAGAGCUUUUUGAGCUUCACUGCGCACUGGAUAUCUCCACAGUUCAAUCUGGAACAUGGCGUUUUAGCUAUGAAACCGUUUCCCAGCUCACAUUCGGGUACCAAUAUUGCAAAAGAACUCAAUGCUAUUACAGAAAGAUGGAAUAUUCCUAAAAGUAAGAUCCAUUUACUUGUCCAUGAUAGUGGGGCUAAUAUGAUAAAAGGUGUGCGAGAUGCUGGAUACGAUUCAGGAAGGUGCUUUAUUCAUUCAUUGCAACGAGCUAUAGAGGAAUCGCUUAAAUCUCAACCAGAGGUACUACAGAUGGUAGCUGCUGCUAGACGAAUUGUUACCCAUUUUAAUCAUUCAGGCUUAGCAGAGCAGAAACUUAAAUCCAUUCAACAAGAACUUAACUUGCCUAACCACCAACUAGUACAAGAUGUGAGCACACGCUGGAAUUCUACGUAUUAUUUAAUGGAGCGAUUAUUCGAACAAAAGCGAGCUGUAUCCUUGUACAUAACAGAUCAUGAAACUUUAAAUAAUCUAACACAUGCUCAAUGGGAAUUAAUGGAACAAUGUAUUAAACUCCUCAAACCAUUCGAAGAGAUUACAAAAAUAACCAGCUCAGGUAUUUCCUGCAUCUCCGAAGUGAUUCCACAUGCAAUUACUUUAUCAAAAUAUCUAGGAAAGGCAGAGACAGCUGAAAGAGUACCAAAUUUAGUGACAAUUAGAUCUUCACUACAAGCCGAGCUUGAAAAGCGAUUUAAUUUUGACGAGAACAACAAAUAUCUGGUGGCUACGUUUCUCGAUCCACGCUUCAAAACAAGUUUUCUAGGUUUUGUUCAAGCAGAAAGAGCAAGACAAAAAAUUCUUCUAGAAGCUCUGAAACUGAGUUGUAAUGAUGAUGAGUCUAGUAGUACCGAUGACGAUUCUUCUCCACGUCGUAAGAAAAGAAACAUGAACGAAAAUGAUAAGACAUUUGAAACACACGACAGUUUCUGGAACUGCUUUGAGGAAGUCGCUAAAGAUAAUAUGCGAAAUAGUAAUGAUGAAGAGAACGUGGAGAAGAAUGCUGUGGCAAAUGAGAUGGAUUUGUAUUUGAAAUCAAUUCGCAUAGAUCGGAAAGCUGAUCCUUACAAGUGGUGGUCAGCAAAUGAAAACCAAUACCCUAACCUUUCGAAAUUUGCUAAAGUUUAUCUAUCUUCUCCCGGGAGUAGCGUGUAUAGUGAGAGGUUGUUUUCUGAAGCUGGUAUCAUUUAUGACGAAAAGCGUAAUCGCUUGCUACCAUCAAACGCUGAAAAGCUUGUUUUUAUACAUCACAACUUACCGCUGAUUAAUUUUACUUAUUAA